AUGGUCGACAUACGAGAGAUCCGGGAGCUGCGGCUGGGGAAGGGGUCCCGUGAUUUCGAGCGCUACCCGGAGGAGGCCCGAAAACUGGACGCCGCCCACUGCUUCAUCGUGCUCUACGGACAGGAGUUUCGCCUCAGGACGCUCAGUGUGGCCGCCUUCAGUGAGGAGGAGGUCAACAUGUGGAUCACCGGCCUCAACUGGCUGAUGAUGGAUACUCAGAGAGCGCCCGCUCCGCAGCAGACAGACAGGUGGCUGAGGAAGCAGUUUGAAGCCAUGGACAGGAGCCACGAGGGCAGCAUCACAGUGAAGGAUGUGAAAGCGCUGCUUCCUCAGAUCAACUACAGAGUCCCUAACACGCGCUUUCUCAAAGACAAACUGCAGGAAGUGGAGGCCAGGAGCGACUUGUCCUACCCUAACUUCUCCCAGCUCUACAGGACGCUCAUGUUCGACGCACAGAAGAGCAUUAUUGAGCAGCUGGAGCUCUCCUUCCCACUGCG